AUGAGCAUCGCUAAAGGACUGUUGAAUGACAUCAACGACGACCCAGAUUUAAUCAAAAAUGUCAUAACUGGUGACGAAUCAUGGAUAUAUGGUCAUGAUAUUGAAACCAAAGCCCAAUUGACCCAAUGGAAUAGCCCAGGUGAGCCAAGACCGAAAAAGCUCGCCAAGUUCAAUCAAAUGUCAAAGUUUUGCUCACUGUUUUUUUUUGAUUACCAUGGCGUGGUGCAUCAGGAGUUCUUACCAUAUGGUUGUACGGUCAAUAAACAGUAUUAUCUUGAAGUUAUGCGCCAAUUGCGAGAAGCAAUACGAAGAAAACGUCCAGAAUUGUGGAAAAACAAUUCACGGCUUUUGCAUUACGAUAAUGCUCACUCAUUUUUGCUUGUGAGAGAUUUUUUGGCCAAAAAUAACACCACAAUCAUGCCUCAGCCAAUUACAUGA